AUGGAGAUGGUGGUGGAGGUGGUGGAGGUGGUGAAGGUGGCGGAAAACGGGCAUAAAGGCACCAGCCAAGCCUCGGGCUACGGCGAGGACGACCAUCUGGAUGAGAAUGUCACCUCCUGUUCUUUUACAGGGACACAGCUGACUGUGGAGGUCCACCCUCGAGAUGCCAUGCCCCAGCUGCUCAAGAAGUUUUCCUUGGCUAAACGUUUGCAAGGUGAUAAAAAUGGAAACACAAGACCCCGGCAGCCUGGAGGGAAAGAUGCCCAUGCCUACCCCUGGGAUCGGUCCAGCCUGAAAUCCAUGCCCCUGGACCUGAGGCAGUUUGAGAAACUGGACACCUAUGCCUCACAGGUGACAGUCAAGAGUGGCCUGGAUGAGCUGGUGAAUGACCUGCUCCAAGAGGCCCACAGUGACCUGGAGAGGGUCCGUGCCAUCUGGAUCUGGAUAUGCCACCACAUAGAAUACGACAUCGAGGCUGCCCAGGAGAAGGACCGCCAGGCCUUCAAACCCAGCAACAUCCUGCGGACCCAGAAGACCAACUGUGAUGGCUACGCCGGGCUCUUUGAGAAAAUGUGCAGAAUCGCUGGAGUGCAGUGCGUGACGGUGCCAGGCUACUCCAAGGGCUUUGGCUACCAGACCGGGCAGAGCUUCUCUGGGGAGUUUGACCAUGCCUGGAACGCCGUGUACCUUGAAGGGAGAUGGCACCUGGUGGACAGCACCUGGGGCAGUGGCCUGGUGGACACCACCACCUCCAAAUUCACCUUCCUCUACAAUGAAUUCUACUUCCUGACCCAUCCCGCACUGUUCAUCGAGGACCACUUCCCCGACAACAAGAACUGGCAACUGCUCAAACCUCCUCAGUCCCUGAGGCAGUUCGAGAACAACAUGUAUCACAAGAGUGAAUUCUACAACAAGGGGAUGCUGAGUGCCCACCCGGAGACCCCUGUGAUCAGAACAGUGAACGGGAAGGCCACAAUCACCAUGGAGAGCUGUGCCCCAACGCUGUUCAUGUUUAUGCUCAAUGGCAAGCAAGAGCAUGGGCUGCUGAGCCUCCAGAAGAACGGGAUGAAGCUGGAGGUCUACCCUCCAACCAUGGGCACCCACAAGCUGCAGAUCUUUGCCAAAGGCAACUCUGACAUCUACAGCUCAGUGCUGGAGUACACGCUCAAGUGUAACUACGUGGACUUGGGCAUCCGGCUGCCAGCUGAGCUGCACCAGCCCGUGGGCCCCAGCUGGUUCUCAGAGAAGAUGGGCAUCCUGAAGCCCUCCCACCCUGACCCCAUGAUCCACACCACUGAUGGGCGCUGCUCCAUCAGCUUUGGCGUGGAGGAGGGCAUCAGCGUCCUGGCUUCCCUGCACGGGGACGAUGGCCCCAUCACCGAGGAGACGCAGCGGCGCUACAUCUUCCAGCUGCACCGGGAGAAGCGGACAGAGCUGAAGGUCCAGCUGCCCCAUGCCGGCAAGUUUGCCCUCAAGAUCUUUGUCAAGAAGAGGCAAGAACCAGGCAACUAUGUCUUUGUCUUCAAUUAUCUCCUGUGCUGCACCAACACCAAGGUGAACUGGCCCAUGUUCCCCGAGAGCUUUGGCAACUGGGGGCAGGACAAUGAGUUGCUGGAGCCUCUGUCAGGCACGCUUCCUGCCAACCGGAAUGUCCCAUUCAAGUUGAAGCUGCACGGAGUCGCCAAAGUUCUGGUGAAGGGGCAGGACACGUGGCCCCUGACCCUGAACAGCGAGGGCUACUGGGAGGGCAGCUGCAACACAGCCGGCUGCCAAGAAGUCUAUGUCAUGGUUCUGGAGAACGCCAACCACAGCUUCUAUUCCUACAUCCUGAAAUAUAAAGUGAAUGACCAGUGAGGGCCCGAGCCCAGUCACCUGGCCAGGGAGGGCCCAAGGGAAAUGCAGAGAGCCCUGGACACCACCGAGUCUGCAUGGAAUCACUCCCGGGCC